CUACACGGGGAGAGACCCGAGACAGCAUUGUGCCCCCAAAACACGCUUUCAUUGAGAAUGAGAGAUGGGGGGUGCGAGACGGCAACAAAUCAGAGCUCACCUUGGAAUGAGUGCGGAGUGAAAGUCUCCGUAGCCGUGGUCGUGUACAAUUUUUUUGAGGGGAACAGGGGCUGGAUUGUGCCGGAGAGAGGUGACGAGAGAAAUGCAAUUUGACAGAAGUGCAUUCCUAAAUCCGUAAGGAUUCGCGGACAUGGGAAGGUACUAAAAACUAUUUAACUGGAGAGCGGAGACGAAAAAGUUCCUGCACAUAAGCCAACUGUCGAGGAAAGGAUCCAGAGAAGAUACGCCCGACAGUAGGUGCUACAGGUUACUGAUUAAAAGUUGUGAAUGCGUGGGAGAAAUGCAGGUAAGGGAUUUACCUGUCUCUGGAGUUAAAUGGUGAUUGAGAAGAAGCUACCGAGAGUGCGGCGAGGGAGGAAGAAGAAACUGAUUGUUUUUGGAGGCGCAGUUUCGUUCGGAAACCAGGGUCGGAGAUGUCCCUUUGGAUGAUCUUACCUGUGAGCCUCCCUGCCUUUACCAUCACUGGAAUUUGGGUCGUGUACGCCAUGGCCCUGUACAAUCACCAUGUCUGUCCCGUGGAUAACUGGUUGUAUAACCAGUCCUGUGAGGAGGACCUGUCCCUGCAGAGGGGGCCGUUGCUGUGCUGCACCUUGGACCACGUGCCUCUGAUCAGUAAGUGUGGAACCCUGCCUCCUGAGAGCUGCUUCUUCAGCCUGAUCUGCAGCACGGGCUCCUUCAUGGUAAUGGUGAUUGUGCUCCUGCGUUAUGCCCAUGUGAUUGAGAAGCAUCAGAACUGUGUGCUGAAUACUGCAGGCCUCUCCACAGGCUGGAUCUGCGCAGCUGGUCUCAUCAUGGUGGGCAACUUCCAGGUGGACCACGCCAAGGUGCUGCACUAUGUAGGAGCGGGCGUGGCCUUCCCCACCAGCAUGCUGUUUGUGUGCCUGCAGUCGGCGCUGACCUACCGGCUGGCCAAGACACAAGCCGACUACAGGGUGGGCCACCUGCGCUGUGUCAUGACCCUGCUGGCCUUUGUCGCCCUGGUGCUCAGUGGCGUGUUUUUUGUCCAGGACAGCUUUGUGCUGCAGCAUGCCUCAGCUAUUUUCGAAUGGGUCUUCUGCGUCAUCAUCAUGCUCUUCUACGGGACCUUCGCCUUCGAGUUCGGGGGCAUGUCCAGUGACACCUUGAUGGUGCUGGCCAAGGGCGGAGCUCAGGAUCCCUCUAGCAGGGACUGCAAGGCAGAGUCAGUGGGAGGGGCCAGCCAGCACCAGCCUGAGAGCAUCUCCAUGCUGUAGAGGGGACCUGAUUGGCCACUGCUCUGGCC